AUGGAAUCAGCAACGGGGCAGGAAACUCAUGGAUUCUCUUUUGCUGAGCAGAAGAGAAUCAUGAGGCGAGUUGAUAUUCGUCUUGUCGCAACUGUCGGGUUGUUGUACUGCUUCUCUGUGAUUGACCGAUCGAACCUUCCAUCCGCGGCCGUUGCCGGCAUGAGAGAAGAUUUAGACUUGAAUGGCAACCGCUACUCGGUCGUUAGCUUGGUAUUCUUCACGACUUAUAUUACUUUUCAGCCGGUCUCAGUCAUUCUUGGCCGAACUUUGGGCCCUCGGGCCUACUUCACGGCCAUCACAAUAAUUUGUGGUGGCAUCGUAAUUGGAAUGGGCUUUUUGACGCACUGGGGCCAGCUCGUGGCUUUGAGAGUGAUCCUUGGUGCGCUCGACUCUGGAUUUUUCCCUAGCUGCGUUUACCUUUUGAGCACCUGGUAUACUCGUUACGAAGUUGGAAAACGGUACUCGGUGUUCUACAUGAUUGUCUGCUUUGCCUCUGCGUUUGCGGGAAUCUUGGCUUUCGGACUCACCCAACUUGAUGGGACCGCAAACCUCAGAGGCUGGUCAUGGAUCUUCAUCAUAGAAGGUGUCAUAACUUGCGCUAUCGGCAUCGUUGGCUAUCUCCUCCUCGUUGGGUUUCCGGAUGCUCAAAAAAGCGCCUGGAACUUUCUUUCCCAGGAGGAAACUGCUUGGGUAAUUUCGAGAGUUCAGGCUGAUAGAGGAGAUGCGGAGUUACCGCCUUUCAGCAUCAAGAAAUUCCUCAGAGGCGGGGCUGACAUCAAAGUCUGGGCUUUGUCCAUCAUCUACUUCAACAAUGCUCUUGUCAUAUUCUCGCUGUCUUUUUUUCUGCCAAUCAUCCUCAAAGACAACAUGGGCUUCGACACGGGAAAAGCUCAGAUCUUGACGGCGCCGCCGUAUGUGUUCGCCGCCAUCAUCACUUACACCACGGGUUGGCUAGGAGAUCGAUACAUGCUUCGAGGCCCUAUCAUUGUUGGCGAUAUGGUUUUGUCGAUUGUUGGGACCUGCCUGAUGGGCUUCCACAGCGAUGUUGCCGUCCGAUACCUGGGUGUCUUUCUCAUCACCGCAGGGAGUGUUAGCGCCGUGCCGGCGACCAUGGCGUAUCAGGCGAACAACAUCCGAGGACAGUGGAAGCGGGCAUUUUGCAGUGCCAUGGUAGUCGGCGUUAGCGGGAUCGGUGGCAUUGCCGGCUCUCUUGUUUUCAGAAGCCAAGACAAGCCUCACUAUCUACCUGGGUUGAGCACUUGCUUGGUAUGCGCGGUUCUGAAUGUCAUGGUUGUUAUUGCCUUGAGCUUUUACUUCCGCCAUUGGAACGCGAAGGCCGAGCGUGGUGAGGUUGAGCUCGAAGCGUCGGAUGAAACCCAAGCAUCAGACUUCCGCUACACAUACUAAGAGCUUAUCGCAGGCUCAAAUUUGACGAGGGCGUUGGCGGUCAUUUUGCCUUUGGCACAAAAGCAUGAAGCAAGAACGAGGCGUUUGAGGC